CCUUCCUCGGGUUUCCAGGGUCAUGUGAAAGGGGCGUGGGGUGUUAAUCUCGCUUUCUCUGGUCCGGACCCUCCCCGGUUUGGCUCACUCAUCGGCGGUGUGUAUGGGGAGAGCGAUCGCUCUCUGUGGUCGCUCGGGGAGGAUAGUGUCAUUCCUUUCCGCGGUACCUUGUUUGUCCGGCUGCACACCCCAACCCGCGGCGGAGCGGAGGAUGAGCGACCAGGGGAAGAGCUCGGUUUCCACUCUUGCGGGUGCCCCAGCCCCGGGAUCGGAUACUUACAAAGGCUGGCUUUUUAAAUGGACUAACUAUUUGAAAGGGUAUCAACGCCGAUGGUUCGUCCUCAGCAAUGGCCUUCUGUCGUAUUACAGGACUCAGGCAGAGAUGGCCCAUACGUGUCGUGGCACCAUCAACCUGGCCACGGCCCACAUCGACACGGAGGACGCCUGUAACAUCGUCCUGAGCAGCGGUGGGCGCACCUACCACCUGAAGGCCAGCACAGAGGUGGAGCGCCAGAGAUGGGUCACAGCGCUGGAGCUGGCCAAGGCUAAAGCCAUCCGCAUGAUGAAUGACCAGUCUGAUGACUCAGGGGACGAGGAGCCCACGACCCAGUCGGACCGCAGUGAGGGGAUCCAGGGCACUCUGAAGACCCUGAUCAGCAAGCUGGAUGACCUCAGCACGUGUAACGACCUGAUCGCCAAGCAUGGGGCGGCCCUGCAGCGCUCUCUGAGUGAACUCGAGGCGCUGAGAGUCCCCGUGGAGGGAGGAGAGAAGAUCAAGGGCGUCAAUGAACGCGCCACCCUCUUCCGUAUCACCUCGAAUGCUAUGAUCAAUGCGUGUCGCGACUUCCUGGACCUAGCGGAGACCCACAGCAGGAGAUGGCAGCGGGCGCUGCAGUAUGAGAGAGAGCAGCGUAUUCACCUGGAGGAGACCAUAGAGCAGCUAGCCAAGCAACACAACAGUCUGGAGAGAGCCUGGAGAGAGGCCCCCACACUAUCCGCCAACACACCCAGCUCCCCCACCACCAAGAAGGGAGGGAGUGAGAGGCCUCAGAAAGGGGAGGCGAGUGAUGAAGAUGAGGAUACGGAAUACUUUGACGCCAUGGAGGACUCCCCUGCCUUUAUCACAGUAACAGCCACUGAGAACACACAGCACAGGUGUUCUCAGAGUAACCUGUGUGGAGCGAGUGGAGGCCAUACCAAUGAUUGGAACCAGGACAAUGUGUCUCCUAGCUGUAAGGAUUCCGGGAAGGAGCUUCAGCCCAUCAGAAGGAGGCGGAGCCACAUCCCAGACAAGCCCAACUACUCCCUCAACCUGUGGAGCAUCAUGAAGAACUGUAUCGGCAAGGAGCUCUCCAAGAUCCCCAUGCCUGUGAACUUCAACGAGCCUCUGUCCAUGCUGCAGCGGCUUACAGAGGACCUGGAGUACCAUGAGCUGCUGGACAAGGCGGCGCGCUGUGAGAGCUCCCUGGAGCAGCUGUGUCUGGUGGCAGCCUUCUCUGUGUCCUCCUACUCCACCACCGUCCACCGCACGGCCAAGCCCUUCAACCCCCUGCUGGGGGAGACCUACGAGCUGGACCGCCUGGACGACUUGGGCUACCGAUCGCUGUGUGAGCAGGUGAGCCAUCACCCCCCAGCAGCAGCUCACCAUGUGAUUUCUCAGCGAGGCUGGACCCUCUGGCAGCAAAUCACCAUAUCCAGCAAGUUCCGUGGCAAAUACCUCUCCAUAAUGCCUCUGGGUGCCAUUCACCUGCAGUUCCACUCCAGUGAGAACCACUAUGUGUGGAGGAAGGUAAUCUCCACCGUGCACAACAUCAUCGUGGGCAAGCUGUGGAUUGACCAGUCGGGGGACAUUGAGAUAGUCAACCACAGGACCAAGGAGACGUGCCAGCUCAAGUUCUCCCCCUACAGCUAUUUCUCCAGGGAUGUCCCACGCAAGGUGACAGGGGUGGUGUCAGACAGUGGAGGGCAGGCCCACUAUAUCCUGUCUGGCACGUGGGACGAUAAGAUCGAGAGCUCCAAGAUCGUCCAGAGCAGCAAAGGGGGCAGCGGCUCCGAGGGCAAGCAGAAGACUGUCUACCAGACCCUGUCCCCCAAACUACUGUGGAAGAAAUACCCUCUCCCGGAUAACGCUGAGAACAUGUACUUCUUCUCCUCGCUGGCGCUAACGUUGAAUGAGCCGGAGGAUGGGGUGGGGCUGACGGACAGCCGACUGAGACCGGACCAGAGGCUGAUGGAAGCAGGGAGAUGGGACGAGGCCAACUCUGAGAAACAGAGAUUAGAGGAGAAACAGAGAGCUGUGAGGAGGAGGAGAGAGGCAGAGGCCACAGAUGCACUGGACAACGGUCGAGAGUAUGAGGGCUUCCAGCCACAGUGGUUCCACAAGAGGAAGAACGCCAUCACUGGGGAGACAACCUUUGUGUACAAGGGUGGAUACUGGGAGGCUAAGGACAGUCAGGACUGGAGUACGUGCUCUGAAAUCUUCUAAGCCUAGACCAGACCCAUCCUACCCCAUCACUGGACCCCCCCAGGCCCAGGAGACUGCUCCACCACUGACCCUGGGGGAAUGGGGGUCUGGGUCUGGAUGUGGACCUCUGUGUGCAUGAGAAUGUGAAUGUCUCACACACUCACAACACAGUGUACCUCCCCAUGUACACACAGAGGUCAUAUUUUUUACAGAGUCAAGGGAGAGAAGGGACCUUUUCUAGAUCCUACCUUGACCUAACACUGAGCUAUGUGGGGGUGUGUGAGAGAGAUGGGAGAUUGAAUACCAUAGAAAAGGGGCCCCAUAGAGACUUCCAAAAGAAUCAGGUGCUCCACACACGCUACCCAAAAUGCACCUUUCCUCUGCUCAGCACAUCUGUUUCUAGGGGUUUUAGUGAUUGAACAGCAACCCAUCUAAAUCAGUUCUCCUCUCCUCCACUUGUAUACUGGGAUAAGAUGAAGUCCAUCCUGUCUAACGGACAGAUGGACGGACAGACAGAGAGACAAAAAUAAUGCUUCAGAAGUUUAUAGAAAGACAGUGUGUGUAUGUAUGUAUGUUAUAAUUAAUAUAUAUAUAUAUAUAUAUAUACAAACAAACUACCAGUCAAAGGUUUGGACACACCUACUCAUUCAAGGGUUUUUCUUUAUUUUUACUAUUUUCUAUAUUGUAGAAUAAUAGUGAAGACAUCAAAACUAUGAAAUAACA